UAAGGAAGAUCUUUAUAUCACUCGAGCCUCGAACUUACGUGCGAGUCGUUGGGGCCAGUGAGUGGGAGAACUGAGUGCAACGACCUAAUCUUAACGUGGCGUGCGCCUACGCCCCUUUCUGCGGAUACUGGCUUUUCCGCGUUUUCACCUGGCAACUCAUUACAGGUCGAACUCUUGAGCCUAGAACUGCCUCUGAGUUUUUGGGGAUGGAGCGACACCGUAAUAAAUUAAGUACCAAUAUGCUGUCCAUUUGAGGACGUUGAGAGCCACACAACUUCUUAACAAAAUGAUGACUGCCAUGACUAGACUAUCCUACAAGCAAACCUCGCCCUCCCAGCAGUCAAGAUACUCUUCCUCGUCAGGGACCAGCAGUCCGAGCUUCGCCCAAAGUCGGGGUUACUGGGAGAUGCAGCAAUCACUGUCCCAUCCUGCGCCACCUUAUGUGCGCAGUCAUCAUCGACUCCAUGUCGAUCACGGCAGCAAGCGCAAAAGCGCAGUCGAGUUGCUACAGGAGUCAAAGGCAUUUUAUGUAAAAAGUGAGACAGUGCUAGAUCGGAAGCAAGAACUGAAAAACAGCGGGCACCUACAGGUAUCUCAGGUGACGGUACCUGGAGCGCCACCUCGACUUCUGCGAAAAUGCGGAACGUCCCACGGAUGUCCUGUACUACAGCAACAGCAACCUUGUUGCUGGACUGCAGACUGUGACAGGCAGGAGCGAAUUUUGAGUCCCCAACGCACACUGCCACCAGCGCUGCCGCCAAAGAGUCCGCGGCUUGUAUCACUUCCACAGCGGCGUUCGGCAUUGGGAUCCAAUGUCAGUGGUAUAUCAGGCGCUGAGCAACUUCAGGCGAAGUUGCGCAGACUCCUUAACAUUGACAGUAAAGAAAACGUCUUUUUCGCGGAACCAGAAAUGCCCGGAUUGCCGAUACCCUCGGAAUAUACCACACCCCAGAUGACUAAUAACAACGCUAGUCCGAGUCAACCGAUUUGGGAGAAGUUUCGGUACUCGCCUGGAGGCAUCAUAUUACCCGGAUGCAAGGAAGACGAUUUCACGGUGAGAUAUAUUCAUCUUUAUUUGAUUCUUGCCAAUCAUUUUAUAAGCGACUGUCUAUUACGACCACGAUUUAAGUUUGGCCGCAGCAACUCGCACUCACAUGGGGUGAGGUCUAGAUGCUCAGCUAGUGGCCGAUCCUCCUCGGCGAUUGAGACCGCGGUUGCGGUUUCAUGCCACAAGUCCCUCCCGAAUCUCCACACCAGUACACGCAGAUGGGCCUCCUUAUCGCCGCGAACCUCUAGCAAAGCCUCGAGGAAAGUGCAAUUAAAUGCCGGUUGCUUGGAUUGUGAAACUGGCUCCGACUACUCCGACGGUAGCUUUAAUAGGGACUCCGUCUACUACCGCAGUUCGCGACAUAUAAAACCUUCGAUGGGCUCGGUGGGUGGUGAUACGAGUAGCAUCCUGUCAUCGGGUGACAGGACCCACUUGUCCAUGAGCUCGAGCAAACUCAGCCAUGGAGCUACGGCAAGGGAUUCGGGUAGUUCAUCUGGACAUUGUACUCACAAGAGUGAUCCAUCCCCGAAAAUACAGGAUUGCUGGAGUCGUGUUCGACGUGAUAGCGGUGCAUCAGCGCAAUAUUCAACCGAGAAGGACAAAUCGAGAAAAAGGAACAGAUAUAACAAUAGGACUCCAGCCACUGUCGUUAGAAAUUACAGUCCCGAAACUGAUAGCAGCAACAGUCAGACUGAUUACAGUCCUACUUGCAAUUCUAGAUUCUCGGACGGCUGGAAGGAGGGUCGAGGACGUCCCAUCUUACGCUCCAAAUCAGAUAUUAGUGAACGCUAUUGGAGGCAGGAUGGCGGUACUCGUGCUCAAAAGCUCCCGGCCCAACCGCCCCGCUCCAUUACACAACUCGAGUCAUUCUUUGAUCGUUUGGGCCUCGAGCAGGAUAACUACCAACACAUCACCAAGAGCUCCUCCAAGGCGAGUUCGCCCGUCUUCUUUGAUAGCGUGAGCUCCGUGGAAUCAGCACUAGGGCUCUACCUGAGCUGGACACCUAACGGCCAGGGCACUGCGUGGCCUAACUGCAGUGCUGGAAAUACAAACAAUGACGAGUGUCCCGGUGGUAGUCAGAAAAGCAACGAUCAACCGAGCAUUGUUGAAAGGAACGCUCGCAUCAUUAAGUGGCUCUGUCAGUGCAGGAAGGUGCAAUUCGGCUACAGUUGAGCACUUUCAAGCUACUUUGUCUUCAUCGUUCUCUCGUUCCUUCUUUCUUUUCUACGUCAUAUCUAUACGUGUACUUAUAUACGCGCGCUUCAUCUUUAUCUCAUUACACCAUUCUCGUGCGUACUCUC